AUGAGCUUCGAAUCCGACAUGGUGGAGUUUGACUCCGACGCCGCGGGCCAGUCCAACGGCCCCCCGACGCCCUUAUGGUUGUUUGAGACGUUCCUGCACGUUGAUGACCGCUAUGGGCGGAUCGCCGCCGGCAGUCCCCGCUCCGGGAUCGGCAUCCUUGGGCUCAGACUGCUAGAGCGCCACAUCAACCUCAUUCCGACCAUGCGACGCGGCGUUGCGGUCCCGAUGUUCGACCAUUCGGCCGGCAAUCCCAGGUACCUCGGGUGGCGGCAGAAAGUGGCGACGUGGCCGCUUUCCAAGCAAGAGGCGAUGAGCAAUCGAGUCUUUGUUGUUUAA